UGUGUUUGAAUGCCUGUCUGUAGUCCAGAUUGGUCUACUAUCGAAACUGUUUGUCCCAUCAUGAAAGGAGAAUAAGACAAUGAUGACCACAGACUGUUCAGCAACUGUUUUAUAUCAGCCUCUUGGGUUUAAUGUCUUUCAGGUCAGUGUUCAGUGCCCACAGCGCUCUGCUGUCCUGGAAGUUUGGGAUGUAACCGUGGUGGGUGUUACUGUGACGAGAUCUGCAUGACUUCUGGUGACUGCUGUCCUGACUACUAUCAGACAUGCAAUCAAUCGAAUUCACAACCUUCCUUACCAUCCUCACCAUCUCCACCAACAUCGACCUCACCAGACUCACCAAUUUUGGGACCAUCUUCAUCAUCCUCGUCAGCUUCAAAAUCCUCCGCACCAACAACAUCAUCCUCACCAUCGCCAACCCCUCCAACAUCUUCAUCAUCAGGUCAGUGUUCAGUGCCCACAGCGCUCUGCUGUCCUGGAAGUUUGGGAUGUAACCGUGGUGGGUGUUACUGUGACGAGAUCUGCAUGACUGCUGGUGACUGCUGUCCUGACUACUAUCAGACAUGCAAUCAAUCGAAUUCACAACCUUCCAUACCAUCCUCACCAUCUCCACCAACAUCGACCUCACCAGACUCACCAAUUUUGGGACCAUCUUCAUCAUCCUCGUCAGCUUCAAAAUCCUCCGCACCAACAACAUCAUCCUCACCAUCGCCAACCCCUCCAACAUCUUCAUCAUCAGGUCAGUGUUCAGUGCCCACAGCGCUCUGCUGUCCUGGAAGUUUGGGAUGUAACCGUGGUGGGUGUUACUGUGACGAGAUCUGCAUGACUGCUGGUGACUGCUGUCCUGACUACUAUCAGACAUGCAAUCAAUCGAAUUCACAACCUUCCUUACCAUCCUCACCAUCUCCACCAACAUUGACCUCACCAGACUCACCAAUUUUGGGACCAUCUUCAUCAUCCUCGUCACCUUCACAAUCCUCCGCACCAACAACAUCAUCCUCACCAUCGCCAACCCCUCCAACAUCUUCAUCAUCAGUUUGUGAUAACUGCACUGAAAAUGAGGCUUGCCAGGAGAGAGGUGGCGUCUAUGGCUGUGGUUGCUUGCAAGGACAAAGACCAAAUCCUGAAAUCUUUGAUGCUGUGGAGUCUUGUGCCAGCAGCACUGGCUCCAUAUCUCUCUCCCGAUGCCAGCUCUUUGAAUCUGGUUUUUAUCCUGAGACGCUGCACCUAAAUGACCCAAGCUGCAAAGGAACUCUUGAGAAUGGCAGACUUCUGUUUUAUUUUGACAAUGAAGGCCACAUAUGUGGUACCACUCUGACGAGCAACAGUACUCACUUCAUCUACCAAAACUCCAUUCAGUCUAACCCGAGGAACACUGAACAGAGCAUCAUUUCAAGAGAUAUAUGGAUGAACAUGACAUUUUCUUGUGCGUACCCUCUGAUCCAGACCCUAUCUAUGCCCAUGGGUUUCCGAGCCGAAGGCGGUGUGAUAAGUAAUGAACUUCCUGCUGGCCAGGGCACAUACCAAAUCCGCAUGAUGCCCUACCAUGAUGCACAGUUUACUAGCCCAUACUUGGAGGAGCAAGUGCAAGUGAACCAGCAGAUGUAUGUGGCUGUUGAGGUGGAAGGAGUGGAUAGAAAUCAAAUCGCAACAGUUCUGGACAACUGCUGGGCCACACCAGUUAAUGAUCCUGAAUAUCAUGUUCGCUGGAAUCUCAUUAGUAGAGAAUGUCCAAACCCUGAAGAUACCACAGUGGAAGUUCUUCAGAAUGGUAUUGAUACAACGAGCCAUUUCUCCUUCAGGAUGUUCACCUUCUCAGGAAUUUCUGACCACGUCUUCCUGCACUGUGAGGUUCAUCUUUGCCUUGUACAGAACGGCCGAUGUGCACUGUCAUGCAACCAUGGAUAUAGAAGUAGAAGGCACAGAUCUUUGGACUUCCUCCACUCUGCAGCAAUCUCCAUGGGUCUGAAAGCUCAGUAAACCUGAUAAAUGAAAGAUCCUACAAAUUUAAUCAAAAUACUCUGUUAAAAAAAGAAAUAUAAAUGUUUUAAAGAACUUCCUUGUCUUUAAACAUCUAGAUUUCAAAGAGAAAUAUUGCAGAUAUUUUAAAUAAACAUAUCACUUAUGAAAAUUAACUAGUUGGUGAAAAAGGAUUUUGGAGGAACUACAUUUAACCCAGAGAAAACAAAUUAAUUCUUUUAAAAAUAACUCUGUAUACAUGUUUUGCUUUAUAGUUAUAGAUGAAGUGUUAUUCAAAACAGUAUAUACAAAACUAUAUUGUUGGGUGUAUAUGGGUUAAAUUUGGGUGGAUAUUUACUAUAAAUGGAAUUAAAUGAAAUAAUUAGCUGUCUCUCUUUCUCUUUGUUCAAGGAGUAAUCUUGGAACACAUUAUACCAAACUAACCUUUAAUAAAACUCUUAGCAAUG